GACAUUUUCAAGAUACCUAGACUGAAAAAGACAUUUGAAAAGGGUAUUGCAGUACAUGGCUACAUUUACAAUCGCCCUACGUUGCUAAACAUGAUGAGGCGCUAUACAAAUUUGAAGAAUUUGAUCAAGCCUGCAAAAACUAGAUUUGCAACCGCCUUUUUUACUUUGUCUAGGAUGCAUCAACAAAAAAACAAUUUGGGAAAGACGGUUACCUCCGAAGACUGGACCUCAAGCAAAUGGGCAAAGGAGCCACAAGGUAAAAGAAUGACACUAACUUUGUUGAUGCCUUCAUUUUGGAAUACUGUUGUGUUUGCCCUUAAGGUCUCGGGUCCUCUUGUCAAAGUGCUUAGAUUGGUUGAUACCGAGAAGAAACCUCCCAUGGGAUACAUUUAUGAGGCAAUGGAUAGGGCAAACGAAUGCAUUGCAAGUUCCUUUGAUCAUAAAGAAGAGAAGUAUAAUGAAAUCUUCGAAAUCAUUGACAAAAGAUGGGAUGUCCAAUUGCAUCGACCUUUACAUGCAGCUGCGCAUUUUCUUAACCCAGAAUUCUUUUACCCAAAAGCGUUAGAGGUGCAAAGAGAUCAUGAAGUGAUGAAUGGGUUUUAUGAAUGCAUGCAAAGGUUGGUCCCGGAUGUCACUGUUCAAGAUUUGAUCACUAAUGAGAUAAGUAUUUAUAUGAAGGCUGAGAGUCUUUUUGGCAAGGCUGUUGCGAUUAGGCAAAGAAAUACAAGAGCACUAGCUGAUUGGUGGGCAUCAUAUGGUUCUUAUACUCCAAACUUGCAAACUUUUACCAUAAAAGUCCUUAGCCUAACAUGUAGUUCAUCGGGUUGUGAACGAAAUUAGAGUGUAUUCGAACAU